UCAAAUAUCCUGCCGGUCUGCCGUGCAACGCCUGAAGGCUGAAGCUGCUUCGACUGUGGUUUCUCACACAGGUUUCAGGAUACGGAAGCUGAGAAUGAGUGGCAGAGCUGCAACCGUCUCUUUCUCUAUACCCAUCUACGCCACGCCUCUCAGAUACCGUACAAAGUUUAAUUCUCUGAAUUUGAGAGCAUGCCUCAAUGAAUAUCCUCUCGCAAGCAGAAUCAUGAUUAAAAAUUUAUCAUAUUCUACUACUGAAGGUACUCUGCAGUCGGAAUUUUCUAAUUUCGGCCAGAUAGCUGAAGUUAAGCUUGUCAAAGAUGAGGCCACAAAAAAGUCCAAAGGAUAUGCAUUUAUUCAAUACACUUGUCAAGAUGAUGCCAUCCUUGCCCUUGAGAAUAUGGAUCAGGAGGAAUUUGAUGGUAGGAUGCUUCAUAUUGAAAUUGCCAAACCUGUGAGGAGCAGUUUUAAAGGGUAUCCAAUAACCUCAGGGCCGCCACCGAAGACGCAGCGUUUUCCGGAGCAAGAUGAGGUCGCAGAUUGCUGGUACUGAUCAAUUUUUUUUGGAGAUUACAAACUUGGGAUUCCAAGCUUCAUGUAGCAUUAGAGUUGGUGGACAGUCAUUCUGUUUGAUUAGUUGAGUUGAUCAUUGUAACAUAAACUGUGUAAAUGAACCUGAUUUCUUGAUCCAGAACAUAAAGCUUUUACUUCUUUAUUUAGACUAAAAUUUUGAAGU